AGUCAUAACGGGGUAAUAAAAAACUGCCUUCGCCCUGCUAUCCGUUAUGUAUCGCAACCCGGAGUUGCGUUUGGGUUGGUUUAUAAUGAACCUAGAGGCUUUUAAAAUCCUUGAGUGGAUUAGGAACAGCCGGUCCAAUCUGGCAUGCUGUGCGCCUGAGUUCACUGCUAUCUGCUUCCUUCUCAUUGCGCGCGUGAAGCACUGCAGACUCCCAGCCUAGUUUCCAGCACUGCAACAUCUCCGUUCCGUAUUGAGGAUGCUUUUACACACUGCCAGAGUUUUACCUUUGGAUUUAUAUCUCGCGUGAAGAAAUGGGACUUUAGACAGAUUUUUUUUCCAGGGGGAUUGGCUUUUCUUUCAUUUUGACCAUCGAGAGAUUUGGGGUGAUGGUAUUAGUGCAUUUGGUGCGGAUGCGCUCUUUUUCUUGCCUGCUGCCAUUCCCUGGGACAAGACGUUUGGAAAUGUGAAGAAGCUUGAAGUAUGGCAUGCAAAAGAUGGUCUCGGCCAAGAAGGAGACGGUGAUUGCGAUGUGCCCCACUUACAUUUCCACACUCUUCUACUUUCUGUGCGUUACGGCUUGCAUUAAGAAAAUCUCAGGUCAGGUAAAGAAGGAUGAGAAGUUAUACCCUGAAAAUUUCACCCAGAUCUUAGACCAACUUCUGGAGGGUUAUGACAACAGACUGCGCCCUGGAUUCGGCGGUCCAGUGACUGAGGUAAAGACUGAUAUCUACGUCACUAGUUUUGGCCCGGUAUCUGAUGUGGAAAUGGAGUACACAAUAGAUGUGUUUUUCAGACAGACAUGGGAAGACCGGCGACUAAGAUAUGAAGGACCAAUCGAAAUUUUGCGGCUGAACAACCUGAUGGUGACCAAAGUGUGGACUCCUGAUACCUUUUUCAGAAACGGGAAAAGAUCUGUGGCUCACAACAUGACUGCCCCGAAUAAACUGUUCCGCAUAAUGAAAAAUGGCACUAUCCUUUACACCAUGAGGUUGACAAUCAGUGCAGAGUGUCCAAUGAAGCUAGUGGAUUUUCCUAUGGAUGGCCAUUCCUGUCCACUUAAGUUUGGCAGCUAUGCUUACCCUAAGACUGAGAUGAUCUACACAUGGACCAAGGAUUCAGUGGAAGUUCCUGAUGAAUCGUCCAGCCUUGUUCAGUAUGAUCUGAUUGGACAUACGGUCUCCAGUGAAACAGUCAAGUCUAUUACAGGUGAAUAUGUGGUGAUGACUGUCUACUUCCACUUGAAACGGAAAAUGGGCUACUUCAUGAUUCAGACAUACAUCCCAUGCAUCAUGACAGUAAUCCUUUCCCAAGUGUCCUUCUGGAUAAAUAAGGAAUCUGUGCCUGCCAGAACUGUCUUCGGUAUCACCACUGUCCUCACCAUGACCACUCUAAGCAUCAGCGCCCGUCACUCUCUGCCUAAGGUCUCCUAUGCUACAGCCAUGGACUGGUUCAUUGCCGUGUGUUUUGCCUUUGUUUUUUCGGCCCUCAUUGAGUUCGCUGCCGUGAAUUAUUUCACAAAUGUACAAAUGGAGCGAGCAAAAAAGAAAGAAACCAAGAAUGCAGCCACUGCUGCUGCCAAGAGCUUUGUGUCAUCUGGCAAAGACACUGAGGAGAUUCUACAACAAAACUCCGACACUAAUGGCAACCUACGCAAACGUGUAAACUCCACGACUCAGUCUCUGCCUGACCCUAAGGGCAGCCAAAGAAAUGAAUCUGGCAGCAGGAUUUCUACAGCCAUGUCCAAAGAGCUCCAGACAAGCCAAUUAUCUUCUAGCUCAAGUACAACAGGCAGCUCCUCGGGCCUAACACGACUCCAUUCCAAAUCCUUCACCCAAUCCAAAGCACUUGCUCCAGUAUCAACUUCCAAAACCACCCCCCCUGCUCCACCUUCAACGCCAACAGUCCCUGAGCUUUCGACAGCCAACACGCCCACCAGCUCUGGCUCUCUACACCAUCUUAUAGCUCCAAAAUUGGAGAAUAUGCAGAAAACAGAUGCCAAGGCUGCAUCCAGUGCUCAGCCAACAGCUUCUACAGGCGGGGCCAGCAAGAUUGAUAAGUAUGCACGCAUCCUUUUUCCAGUGUCCUUUGGGGCAUUCAACAUGGUGUACUGGGUUGUAUAUUUAUCCAAAGAAACCAUGGAAGCAAGAGGAGUCUAAACACAGAAUUUUAACAUUUUGUCACAUUUCUUAAAGCCAAACAGCAGAUAAUGGACGUGGAAUUCCUGCUAGGAUCAUGUCAAGCAAAUUCAACACAAUUUCCAGAAUCUUCUUUCAAUAACUGGACAAACAAAGCAGCCUGGACAAGCACAUCAGAAGAUCAACUGGGAAACAUAAUCCCAAAAUGUUUUAGAGAUUGUCAAUGCGUCCUUUCACAGAAUGAGCAUGUGAAUAUAUGAAAACAGUCUUAGAUUUACUAGCCCUUGAAAAAGAAAAAAGCAUAUAGGUGUAGGAGUAUCGCCAUUGAAAAUGAAAACAUCAAAUUGAAAACCAGUUGAAUUUAAUCUAUUUUUCUAUUAGUAUGAGUGUGUUUUCUGGCAAAUCUGCAGAAUCACAAUUUGUUUUCAUGUUGACACAUUUAUGUAUGUGUUAAUGGUGAUAGAUGUUGUCAGCAGUAAGGCAUUUUCUCAUGUGGAACUUGCUUUGUGUGGGCGGAUAUCUGACCAUCAAUAGCAGAUAUGUAUGCAUGUAUUUUAUUUCGCUUCGAGAUAGUCAAAAGAGAAUUCACCAGCUAGCUUAUAAUUUCUUUCCUUUCUCCUUUAAGCAAAGCAAUUGUUAAUUUUCAAUUAAAACAUUUUUUCCCAUUAUAUGUUGCACAAGUAUUAUUUUUGAAAUUAAACAACCACCUUGCAACAGUUUGCAGCACAAUAUGUUUGCUUUUACAAAUCCCUUAUUGUAUAGUGUGUUUUUUUUUUCUUUCUUACAAUUAGUGGUUCACUGGAAGUGUUGUUGAAUUGAUAAAUGACAGCUUGGAUAAGUAGGAAGCAUUCAGGUGUGCUGUAAGUGCUUAUACUAACAUAUACAGUAUUUCGAAUGACAUUAACGUUAUGUUUAUAUAAUUAUAAAUUUUUAUAAAAAUGUACAAUGCAAAUGUACUGCAUUAUAAGGAUAUCAGGUUAAUUAUCUAUUUGAUGCUAGUCGCAAUCGACAUUUUGGUGACUAGCAGUGGAAACUUAUUCCUACCAUUUUACCAUUUCCACUAUACACUAUGGUCAUUAUCUGGCUUAGGUGGACACAUUUGUUGAAAUCAUUUGUUUAACCCUCCAGAUACAUAGUCAUAGUCAUUAUCUUUCAACCAUGUGACUGGCUUUACAGCUUAUUACCAGCACUGGCCCUAAGUCAGCAGGCCUAAACCUCAUCAUUUCCCUCAAUCAGACCCAUAUUGCUCAUCCGGCAGUUACCAAAACAGCCCAACAUUCUUCAUUCAGCUAAUUUCACUGAAAAUGAUGCAUCAUUUUAUUAUGAAGCCUUCAAAAAUAGAAGUUUUUUUCUGUGGUUUUGUUUUUAUUGUUCUGUUUCUUGUUUUUUUCCCCUCUUCUAUGCUCUAUUUCAGUUCCUGGCCUAGAGGCUAAGCAUAAAGCAGAGAAUUUUGUAGAGUAGGGUCCCUGGGGGGAUGGCACACUGUUCCAGACACUUAACUCUGCUACAGAAGUAGUCACUUAUACAAGGCUUAUUACAUUUCAUACUCUUUGGCUUUGCUUUUCAGUUUGACAUUUUUUUUACCACACUCUUCUUCUUUUUUCUUUUUUUUAGUAUGCAUGUGUAAAUUGAGGACAUUCUCUGUAUACUGUAGUUUAUGGACAAAGCUAUCAUUAAAGUGAUAGCACGUUCCAAAUGUCUGCCAUUUAUGGCUUCUCCGGAAGUGCACUUGGGUGUGAAAUUGACUUUGUGCCCCUGCGUUCACCUUUCCUAAAAAAUAUUCACUCUCUUGUUUUCCUCGACCACUCAUUCACUUAAUCAUUCACUCACUCACUCACUUAAUUCAUUGAAGAGAGACAUUAAAUAUUCGUUAACCUGCCAGCUUCUGGUGUACUUUUUCUUUUUGCUUUUCUGUCUAAAUGGCCAAUGCUAACAUGGACCUGAGUCACAGUGUCAGAAGAUAUGAAGAUUACAUCAUUAUUUAAGGCCUCUCCUUAUUAUCAGUUUGUGAAAGAUACCCGGGUCUAUGUACUUGCAAGGGCUAUUUGUUUAAACAGCACCCAAAUUCCUAAAUUAAAAAAAAAAAAAAAAAGUUUUUGCUACAGUUGUCAAGAUUUUUUCAUCUCAAUCUUGUAACAGUUUUGUUUUAACAUGAUAAAUUGGUCAUACCUGGAUCUAAGUUAUGUUUUCCCUUAAAAAAUGUCCAGCUACCUUAAAUUGUUUGUCUCUCUUUAUGCAACAUUUUUUUAUAUAUUGAAAAUGGUAUUGCCCUGUAAAUUCUACUCUAAAAUGCUCUCUGCAUGCUCUCAGAAUGAUGAGGGACAUUUACUUUUAAAGUUCUACCACUUCAGCUCGAAUAGAAAAGGACAUAUGAGAGUCUUUCUUGGUGAAAGUGUAUUUGGUGCACUCUGCAGAGUGUAGUGUGCAAACUUUGGAAGGAAUACCCAAACUGAGGAGGGAACAUGGAUUAUCCUUUAUCAUAAAGACUCUCUUUUGUGGGGGGGCACUACAACCAAGAGGAAUAUUCAACCAGCUUCUAAUACAUAAUGUCAACAAUGUCUUUGUAAAGAAAAAAAAAACGUUGUGUUUUGUAGACAACAGUGAUCAUUUAUUAACGCCCUAUGCAAGGUCAUUUACCCUAGAACUGUUGUAAACAUCAGUCACCUCGCCUUGUUUCUAAUGAUGAGGUUAUCAUUCAAGAUAAAAUAAUAGAAUGUGCCAAAAAGACAAUAAAUCUGCACAUCAGUCAUGUAUGGUCUUUUCUACAUACUGUAUAUUCUCAUUUUAGUAGCACAUUCAUGUAAAAAAAAAUUACUGACUGGAAAAGCAAAGUGUGCAAAAAAGUGACAAUUUGUUUGUUUGUUAUGGGUUAUGAAUGUCUUUAAGGAAUAUAUAAACUAUCAAAUUUUAUUAUUUCAAAAAGCCUUAAGGUUCGAAUAAAAAACACUGUGUGCAUAAAACAUCUAUAUUUUAUUAUUCACACAGUAUUCCUUGAAGACAUAACAGUGAUACAUUUAAAUGUAGAACAUGGAGCAUGUUGUAAAUACCAGUUCGAAUUCCAUCAGGAAUUAAAAAAUAGGCAGACAAAUGAUGUCUCAUUUACUACCUUGUUCUUCUGAUAGAGGUAAUAUGCAUCUAACUGGUCUGAAAUCUAAUUCUACUGAAUGUAGACAUCAU